GUAGCGCGCAAUGUGUAAUCUCCGUUGGUUCAGAAACAAAUCUUAAUGGAGCUAACGGUAGCUAGCUGCUGUCUGAAAAUUACUCGAAAAUAUCAAAACUCCACGUCAAAAAAGCCAAACUGCGUUUCAUGUGCAAAUGAAGCUGAGUGACAGUGUCUGUUCAUCCUGCCAGUUAGUGAAUGAGCCACCAUGUCAGGCUGGCUCUGUCUCUGUGUGGCCAUCGUCAGCCUGUUGCUAGCAGUUGUUUGUGUUUCGUACUAUUUGGGACUAUUGUCAGACAUCACCGUGUUAGCUGGCUCUCCUCCCAUUAAGAAGAUUACGUUCGCGUACAAAUUCAACGAGGGACCGUACAAGACGUGUGCACAACUUUUGAAGGAGUCUCGCAGUAUUGGACCAAAGCUCUCGUGUAUUGGGGUGUUUUACGAUGACCCUAAAAAGGUGCCUGGACCACAGUGCCGCUAUGCUAUUGGCAGUAUUCUGAGUGAAGGACAAAAUAAGGCUGAUGAGGAGCUCAUGAACCGCUACGAGACAUCUGGCUUCAACAUUUUCUCUUUUCCCGAAGUCACCCACGUGGUCACUACCUCGUUGCCCCACAGGGCAUUUUUCUCUUUUCUCCUGAGAGUGAGGAGAGUCUACCCACGGCUAGAGCUCUACAUCAAGGAAAGGCGACUGUGUGCACACCCGUUCCUUGAGAUCUACAGUGAGGGGCAGGUCCAGUUCAUGGCCCCCUUGGCUCGACAGGGAGAUUUCUACGUCCCCGAAGCCCGUCACGUAGACAGGAGGCUCUCGGAAGAGGAACUGCACAGUGACACAGAUGUCUCAGGUGCAGACUCGAACAGUGAAUACAGCUCAGGGAGUGGAGUUUUCCUGUCAGACAGCAGAGACACGUCCCCAGCGGCGUCCUCGGUCCACUCCGUGGAUCACAGAGGAAGGAGCUCUGGGGGAUACUCGUUUAAGGAGCUGGACUUGGAGCAACCUGGCAGACACACAGAAGAAGAAAAAGAGAGCUUUCAUGAAGACGCCGUCCAGAAGAGCUUAGAGGUUCCCACUCAGGAGUGGUUGGGUGUCGUUGGAGGGGAGGAGUAAAAGUUCACUGAGACAUACAGUACGUGUUAGGGAUGAGAGAUUUGGUGGGUGGUUUUCUUUAUUCGUCUUAUUGUCCUCAAAUCAAAUGAAAAGACCAAAACCAACAACAUGUUCGGCCUUUCCUUUCCAGAAACCCAAUUAUUUCCCUAAAGAAGAUCUUAUUCUUAAAAAAAGAAAGAAAAAGAAAUGAUGUUUUAAAAAUAAGUCCACUUAUUUCAGACUGGAGUAAAACGGAGCAUUCGUCCGGAACAGUUGCUUUUGCCCGCUGACUUGUUACAGCAGUGAGACGGUGUUUGCUGUAUCCACUCAAAAAUAAACUACAGAGACUUCAUUCACUGUAAUGAAGCGAAGAUGUUUGCCAGCGCUGCAGUGAUUCUCAGUGAUGAGUUUUUAAUAGUUGUAGGAAAACAAUGGAAAGCGUCCAUGAAUAUCAGAUUUGGGGCGAAUACUGACGGCACCAUGAAUUCAUUAUUAGUUUAUUUCUGGUCUUUUCAUGUGGUUUGUUCAUCAUAACAAAUAUGGAAUACCACCUAGACUGUCUUAAAACCCUCAAAUCCCACAAUUUGAAGGCGAGAGUGUUAAAACAAUGCAACAUUUCACAAUUAAUAUGCAGGUAGCCUGAAUUCCUUGAAUUGUUAUUAUAAAAAUGAGGCUGUUUGCCUGAAGAUAGUAUUUGUUAGCCAAAGCAUUUUACUUGAAUAUCUACCACUAUUUAUAUUUUAUCUUUUAGUGCGAAGAUGAAUGCAGAAAUGAAAAUAAAUUAGCCGGAUUUGUUUGUUGGAUGAUUGUGACACAAAUAGAAAUACAGGAAAUGCUGUCAAAGGCCGCGCGUCAGUGACUGACGCGAGCUGAUCGAGUGUUCGUAAGCACACCGACCUCAUUUAAUGUUCUGUUCUGUACUUGUACUUCUUUAUAUUGUUGUUAUUGUUGUUUUUUUUAAUCCUUUUUUUUUUAACCUUGUUUUGACUAGUUUGUAUUUUCACAGUCACUGUGACUGAAAGCAAAAUAUCCCGGACUCCAGUAUCGACAGUCAACCUCCAUGUGACCUCUGGAAUCCACCAUGUUCACCCUCAGCUUCUUCUUCAUUUUCCUAUAUUCUCUUGUUUUACUCUGGCACACGUUCUGCUGUCAGCUGCUGCUUCUUGGCUUAAAGCCUGUUUGUUGUGCUGGUUUUGUUGUUUUCCCCCCUCUUUGAAACGAACAUGGCUGCCUCCGCAUCAAAGACCACCUGAUGACCCCGCGCCCUGAAAUAUUCAGUCCGUUAAGUCGUAUCUGUGGCUUUUAUCUUCCAAACAAAGGAGACGGCACUGUCUCACCGCGCUCACUUAAGGAAGCGACGUGCAUCGGUUAAAUUGAGUGAGAGAUGAGUCACAUGUGGCAGGACGAGCGGCUUUUUGCAUAAUUCUGAAUUUGUGCAUCGGCAGGAUUUUACCUCUGACACUCAACUGUCACAUAUUGGUGACUAAAAUACGGCCACAAACAAGGAUUUCUUUUAAUCUUAAUGGUUUGUUUUAAUGUGGCUCAGUGAAGCUGUCAGUGGAAUCUUAAGUGAAAACUGAUAACAUUGUUGAACCUAUCCUCACAGCCAUUGUUCAUUCAUAAUCAGCGAGCAUAAAUAGAUAAUAAAGACACUGACUGUGUUGACUACGUUUACAACGACACCAAUAAUCUGAAAUUUAGAUGAUGUUUCAGUGAGUUCAGAGGAUUUUCUAGUAAUUUUCUCAUUAUAACUCAUACGUUUGAUUCACAGUGCAGCUAAAAUCUGAACCCUCUUCAUCUUAAUCUGAUUAUUGCUUAUUCUGAGGUUGACCAUAUUUGGGUUGGGGUUACUAAAAUACCUUUUUUUAAACA